AAGAUGGCAGAUAAUGAUGUUGACAAUGAGCUGCUCGACUACGAAGACGACGACGAACCUCAAGGAGCACCUGAGAGCGCAACCCCCGCCGGAAAGAAGGAAGUGAAGGGCUCAUACGUUUCAAUCCACAGUUCUGGCUUCAGGGAUUUCCUGCUCAAACCAGAGUUACUCCGUGCCAUUAUCGACUGUGGCUUUGAACAUCCAUCUGAAGUCCAGCAUGAAUGCAUCCCACAAGCCAUCUUGAGUAUGGACAUCCUUUGCCAAGCGAAAUCUGGAAUGGGCAAGACUGCUGUGUUCGUGUUGGCCACUCUUCAACAAAUUGAACCAGUCGAUGGACAGGUAGCAGUGUUAGUCAUGGCUCACACGCGAGAACUGGCUUUCCAGGUUAGCAAAGAAUAUGAGCGCUUCUCAAAAUAUAUGCCCAACAUCAAAACAGUGGUAUUCUUCGGCGGGUUGCCUAUCAAAAACGACGAGGAUGUUCUGAAGAAGAACUGCCCUCAUAUAGUCGUUGGAACACCGGGCCGCAUCCUCGCUCUCAUCAGGAACAAAACGCUUAGUCUGAAAAACGUCAAACAUUUUGUUCUGGAUGAAUGCGACAAAAUGUUGGAGCAACUCGACAUGAGAUGUGACGUACAGGACAUAUUCAGAAUGACACCCCACGAGAAGCAGGUCAUGAUGUUCAGUGCCACUUUAAGCAAGGAUAUCAGACCAGUCUGUCGCAAAUUCAUGCAGGAUCCCAUGGAGGUAUUUGUGGAUGAUGAGACCAAACUAACCCUCCACGGCCUACAACAGUACUACUGCAAGCUGAAGGAUAGUGAGAAGAACCGCAAGCUCUUUGACCUGCUUGAUGUGCUAGAAUUUAACCAGGUGGUGAUCUUCGUCAAGAGAAUCCAGCGCUGCAUCGCCUUGUCGCAACUUUUAGUGGAGCAGAAUUUCCCUGCCAUCGCCAUCCACAAGGGCAUGGCUCAGGAGGAGAGACUGUCUCGCUAUCAGCAAUUCAAAAACUUCCAAAGACGCAUAUUGGUGGCCACAAACCUCUUUGGUCGAGGGAUGGACAUCGAGCGAGUCAAUAUAGUAUUCAACUACGACAUGCCAGAAGAUUCAGACACUUACUUACACAGGGUUGCCCGCGCUGGUAGGUUCGGCACCAAGGGCCUGGCUAUAACCUUUGUGUCGGACGAGACUGAUGCCAAGACUCUGAACGACGUACAGGACCGUUUUGAGGUCAAUGUGGGCGAGCUGCCCGAUGAAAUCGACAUCUCCUCUUACAGUAAGUCCUGGCAUUUUCUAAUAGCAGCUGUAAUGACGCUGAGCCCGGUGGUCCGACCCACUGGGAUGUGGAGUCUGAUGUCAAGAGCGGCCCGCAGAUAA